GUUUGACCUGAUGGCCAAUGGGGGUGCUGCCUUGACUCUGCAUUUCGAGCGAGCCCCGUUCAUGAGCCAGGAGCGCACGUGGCUACCAUGGAAUAGCUUCUACGCCAUGGACACCCUGGUGAUGAAGACAGAGGAGAACUCCAUCCCCAGCUGUGACCUCAGUGGCUUCGUCCGGCCUGAUCCCAUCAUCAUUUCCUCACCUCUGUCCACCUUCUUCAGUGCUGCCCCUGGGCAGAACCCCAUUGUGCCUGAGACCCAGGUGCUCCAUGAGGAAAUUGAGCUCCCGGGUUCCACCGUCAAACUCCGUUACCUGAGCUCCAGAACUGCAGGGUACAAGUCACUCCUGAAGGUCACCAUGACCCAGUCCACGGUGCCCUUGAACCUGAUCAGGGUUCACCUGAUGGUCGCUGUAGAGGGGCAUCUCUUCCAGAAGUCGUUCCAGGCUUCUCCCAACCUGGCUUACACCUUUAUCUGGGACAAGACAGAUGCUUACGGCCAACGGGUGUACGGUCUCUCGGAUGCUGUAGUGUCCGUGGGGUUCGAAUAUGAGACCUGCCCCAGCCUAAUUCUGUGGGAGAAGAGGACGGCUCUGCUUCAGGGGUUCGAGCUGGACCCCUCCAACCUGGGAGGCUGGUCCCUGGACAAACACCACACCCUCAAUGUGAAGAGUGGAAUCCUGCACAAAGGCACUGGGGAAAACCAGUUCCUGACCCAGCAGCCUGCCAUCAUCACCAGCGUCAUGGGCAAUGGCCGGCGGAGGAGCAUCUCCUGUCCCAGCUGCAAUGGCCUCGCAGAAGGUAACAAGCUGCUAGCCCCAGUCGCGCUGGCCGUGGGGGUCGAUGGCAGCCUCUUUGUGGGCGACUUCAACUACAUCCGGCGCAUCUUUCCUUCUCGAAACGUGACCAGCAUCUUGGAGUUACGAAAUAAAGAGUUUAAACAUAGCAACAACCCAGCACACAAAUACUACCUGGCCGUGGACCCCGUGUCUGGCUCGCUCUACGUCUCUGACACCAACAGCCGCAGGAUCUACCGUGUCAAGUCUCUGAGUGGAGCCAAAGACCUGGCUGGGAACUCCGAAGUGGUGGCCGGGACUGGAGAACAGUGUUUGCCCUUCGAUGAGGCCCGCUGUGGGGACGGAGGCAAGGCCGUGGAUGCCACCCUGAUGAGCCCACGAGGUAUCGCAGUGGACAAGAAUGGGCUCAUGUAUUUCGUGGAUGCCACCAUGAUCCGGAAGGUGGACCAGAACGGUAUCAUCUCCACCCUGCUGGGCUCCAAUGACCUCACUGCCGUGCGGCCCCUGAGCUGCGACUCCAGCAUGGACGUGGCCCAGGUGCGCCUGGAGUGGCCAACAGACCUUGCCGUCAACCCCAUGGACAACUCCCUGUACGUUCUAGAGAACAAUGUCGUCCUUCGUAUCACCGAGAACCACCAAGUGAGCGUCAUUGCAGGACGCCCCAUGCACUGUCGUCCCGGCAUUGACUACUCGCUCAGCAAGCUCGCCAUCCACUCUGCUCUGGAGUCAGCCAGCGCCAUCGCCAUCUCUCACACCGGGGUGCUGUACAUCACCGAGACAGACGAGAAGAAGAUCAACCGCCUCCGCCAGGUCACCACCAAUGGGGAGAUCUGCCUCUUAGCCGGGGCGGCCUCCGACUGUGACUGCAAAAACGAUGUGAACUGCAUCUGCUACUCGGGGGACGAAGCGUAUGCCACUGAAGCCAUCCUCAACUCCCCAUCGUCACUGGCUGUGGCUCCGGAUGGCACCGUCUACAUCGCAGACCUGGGGAAUAUUCGGAUCAGGGCGGUCAGCAAAAACAAACCUGUGCUCAACGCCUUCAACCAGUACGAGGCUGCGUCACCCGGAGAGCAGGAGCUGUACGUGUUCAACGCCGAGGGCGUCCACCAGUAUACCGUGAGCCUGGUGACCGGGGAGUACCUGUACAACUUCACCUACAGUGCUGACAAUGACGUCACUGAGCUCAUCGACAAUAACGGGAACUCCCUGAAGAUUCGUCGGGAUAGCAGUGGCCUGCCCCGCCACCUGCUCAUGCCGGACAAUCAGAUCAUCACCCUCACCGUGGGGGCCAAUGGAGGCCUCAAGGUCGUGUCCACGCAGAACCUGGAGCUGAGCCUCAUGACCUACGAUGGGAACACCGGGCUCCUUGCCACCAAGAGUGAUGAAACCGGAUGGACGACUUUCUACGACUAUGACCAUGAAGGCCGUCUGACCAAUGUGACACGCCCUACUGGGGUGGUGACCAGCCUGCACCGGGAAAUGGAGAAGUCUAUCACCAUUGACAUUGAGAACUCCAAUCGUGAUGACGACGUCACUGUGAUCACCAACCUUUCUUCUGUGGAAGCCUCAUACACAGUAGUUCAAGAUCAAGUGCGGAACAGCUACCAGCUCUGUAACAACGGUACCCUGAGGGUCAUGUACGCCAAUGGGAUGGGUGUCAGCUUCCACAGCGAGCCCCACGUCCUGGCGGGCACCAUCACCCCCACCAUCGGGCGCUGCAACAUCUCGCUGCCCAUGGAGAACGGCCUGAACUCCAUCGAGUGGCGCCUAAGGAAGGAACAGAUCAAAGGCAAAGUCACCAUCUUCGGCAGGAAGCUCCGGGUCCAUGGGCGAAACCUCUUGUCCAUCGACUACGACCGGAACAUCAGGACAGAAAAGAUCUACGACGACCACCGCAAGUUCACCCUGAGGAUCAUCUAUGACCAGGUGGGCCGCCCCUUCCUGUGGCUCCCCAGCAGCGGGCUGGCCGCCGUCAACGUGUCCUACUUCUUCAAUGGGCGCCUGGCCGGGCUUCAGCGUGGGGCCAUGAGCGAGAGGACCGACACUGACAAGCAAGGCCGGAUCCUGUCCCGGAUGUUUGCAGACGGGAAGGUGUGGAGCUAUUCCUACCUCGACAAGUCCAUGGUCCUCCUGCUGCAGAGCCAACGUCAGUACAUAUUCGAGUAUGACUCCUCCGACCGUCUUCACGCUGUCACCAUGCCCAGUGUCGCCCGGCACAGCAUGUCCACACACACCUCCAUCGGUUACAUCCGUAACAUUUACAACCCGCCCGAAAGCAACGCCUCGGUCAUCUUUGACUACACCGACGACGGCCGCAUCCUCAAGACGUCGUUCUUGGGCACGGGGCGCCAGGUGUUCUACAAGUAUGGGAAGCUCUCCAAGUUGUCAGAGAUUGUCUACGACAGCACGGCGGUCGCCUUCGGGUACGAUGAGACCACAGGCGUGUUGAAGAUGGUCAACCUCCAAAGUGGAGGCUUCUCCUGCACCAUCCGGUACCGGAAGAUCGGCCCCCUCGUGGACAAGCAGAUCUACCGGUUCUCAGAGGAGGGCAUGAUCAACGCCAGGUUUGACUACACCUAUCACGACAACAGCUUCCGGAUCGCCAGCAUCAAGCCCGUCAUCAGCGAGACUCCCCUGCCCGUUGACCUGUACCGCUACGAUGAGAUCUCGGGCAAGGUGGAGCACUUCGGCAAGUUCGGAGUAAUUUACUACGACAUCAACCAGAUCAUCACCACGGCCGUGAUGACGCUCAGCAAACACUUCGACACCCACGGGCGCAUCAAGGAAGUGCAGUAUGAGAUGUUCAGAUCCCUCAUGUACUGGAUGACGGUGCAGUACGACAGCAUGGGCCGGGUGAUCAAGAGGGAGCUGAAGCUGGGGCCCUACGCCAACACCACCAAAUACACUUAUGACUACGACGGGGACGGGCAGCUCCAGAGCGUGGCCGUCAAUGACCGUCCGACCUGGCGCUACAGCUAUGACCUCAAUGGGAACCUCCACCUGCUCAACCCAGGCAACAGCGUCCGCCUCAUGCCCUUGCGCUAUGACCUCCGGGAUCGGAUCACCAGACUCGGGGACAUGCAGUACAAGGUUGACGAUGACGGCUACCUGUGCCAGAGAGGGGCUGACAUCUUCGAGUACAACUCCAAGGGCCUCCUGACCAGGGCGUACAACAAGGCCAGUGGAUGGAGCGUGCAGUGUCGCUAUGACGGCAUGGGGCGGCGGGCUUCGUACAAGACCAACCUGGGCCACCAUCUGCAGUAUUUCUAUUCGGACCUCCACAACCCAACCCGCAUCACCCAUGUCUACAACCACUCCAACUCGGAGAUCACCUCGCUCUACUACGACCUCCAGGGCCACCUCUUUGCCAUGGAGAGUAGCAGCGGGGAUGAGUACUAUGUGGCCUCAGAUAACACGGGGACGCCUCUGGCUGUGUUCAGUAUCAACGGACUCAUGAUCAAACAGCUGCAGUACACGGCCUAUGGGGAGAUUUACUAUGACUCCAACCCCGACUUCCAGAUGGUCAUUGGCUUCCACGGAGGGCUCUACGACCCCCUCACCAAGCUGGUCCACUUCACCCAGCGGGAUUAUGACGUCCUAGCCGGACGAUGGACCUCCCCAGACUACACCAUGUGGAAGAACGUGGGCAAGGAACCGGCACCCUUUAACCUGUACAUGUUCAAAAGCAACAACCCUCUCAGCAAUGAGCUGGACUUGAAGAACUACGUGACAGAUGUGAAAAGCUGGCUUGUGAUGUUUGGAUUUCAGCUUAGCAACAUCAUCCCUGGCUUUCCACGAGCCAAAAUGUAUUUCGUGCCUCCUCCCUAUGAGUUGUCAGAAAGCCAAGCAAGUGAGAAUGGACAGCUCAUUACAGGCAUACAGCAGACGACGGAGAGACACAAUCAGGCCUUCAUGGCUCUGGAAGGGCAGGUCAUCACCAAAAAGCUUCAUGCCAGCAUCCGAGAGAAAGCAGGCCACUGGUUUGCCACCACCACACCCAUCAUCGGCAAAGGUAUCAUGUUUGCCAUCAAAGAAGGGCGGGUGACCACCGGCGUGUCCAGCAUCGCCAGCGAGGACAGCCGCAAGGUGGCCUCCGUGCUGAACAACGCGUACUACCUGGACAAGAUGCAUUACAGCAUCGAGGGCAAAGACACGCACUACUUCGUGAAGAUCGGCGCGGCCGACAGCGACCUGGUCACGCUGGGCACCACCAUCGGCCGCAAGGUGCUGGAGAGCGGGGUGAACGUGACCGUGUCGCAGCCCACGUUGCUGGUGAACGGCAGGACUCGAAGGUUCACCAACAUCGAGUUCCAGUACUCCACCCUGCUGCUCAGCAUCCGCUAUGGCCUCACCCCCGACACGCUGGACGAAGAGAAGGCGCGCGUCCUGGACCAGGCGAGACAGAGGGCCCUGGGCACCGCCUGGGCCAAGGAGCAGCACAAAGCCAGGGACGGCAGAGAGGGUAGCCGCCUGUGGACUGAGGGCGAGAGGCAGCAGCUGCUGAGCACGGGCCGGGUUCAAGGGUACGAGGGUUACUACGUGCUGCCCGUGGAGCAGUACCCAGAGCUGGCAGACAGUAGCAGCAACAUCCAGUUCUUAAGACAGAACGAGAUGGGCAAGAGGUAACAAAAUGGUCUGCUGCCAUCCCUUGUCUGGAUGGCUCAGCAGGAGUAACUGGCCCCUCUCCUAAGGAGACAAAGGCCUACCAGGCACUGAGGCUGGGCUGUGAGGCUGGACUGCUUCAGGAUGCCGAGUGGCAGGAAAGCUCACAUUUUCUGAGUUCCAAUGCUACCGUGCAAGCGUCAAGUCCUUCAUCCUGAAGUAGCCUAGAGCCCGCCUGGCCGCAGAUUUUGAGGAAAAAAAAAAAAGAAACAGAUAAAUGAAUGAACAAACACACAACCACGUUCCAAGUUCCCCUUAACGUACGACCCACUUGUUCUGGGUCUGAGGCAGAAACGAGGCAAAAAGAGACGCAAAAUACCCAAAAGGACAGAAGAAGAAAA